AUGGAGCUGUUCUCACCGCCAGAACCAGGGUUUCCUGCAGCAAAGAGCUCAUCUAUGCCACAGAAAAAAUUCCGUGUCCUGGUGGGUGUGACUGGGAGUGUGGCUGCCCUGAAGCUGCCUCUCCUCGUUGCCGAAUUGCUGAAAAUCCCAGGGCUCGAAGUGAAGGUGGUCACUACUGAGAGAGCAAAGCAUUUCUACAAUGCCCAGGAGAUUCCUGUCACCCUCUACAGUGAUGAAGAUGAGUGGCAGAUGUGGAAAGGUCGUUCGGACCCAGUCCUGCACAUCGAGCUCAGACGGUGGGCUGACCUUAUGUUAGUGGCACCUCUUGAUGCAAACACGCUGGCAAAGCUCGCGAAUGGCAUCUGUGACAACCUGCUGACUUGUGUCAUCCGUGCUUGGGAUCUGAGCAAACCUCUGCUCUUCUGCCCAGCUAUGAACACGGCCAUGUGGGAACAUCCCAUCACAGCUCAGCAGGUGGAGCAGCUGAAAGGCUUUGGCUACACAGAGAUCCCCUGUGUGGUGAAGAAACUAGUGUGUGGAGAUGAAGGUCGAGGUGCCAUGGCAGAAGUGUGGACCAUUGUGGAGAGCGUGAAAAGGAUCCUUGAAGAACGGGACAUGCCAACGCAGAGCUGAUGCUUCGGCAUGCAAAUUGUAUUUGUUUGCUUCCCUGAUGAUUUGAAGAUAAAACCGACAGGAA